CACUCUGGUCAACGGCUCAAACGGUUCUGGAAUGAAUCAUUCACUUCGUAAAGAACAACUUUGUCCGGACGCACUACCUGGGCCAGGCCCUGCCCUCACGUGUGAUAUGCCAAAGGAUAAAAAGAGCGCAAUUUAGUGAGACACACGCACACAGGCAUACACGCGGUGGAUGACAUCACCACAGCGGAAACACGAUAAAUCAGCAUCUUCCCCUUUGUCAGAGUCGAUCGUGAUGCCUCCUCAGCUACAGUCCUCAAACGGGCCUCAGGUUCUGCAGGGUGAGCUGAGCGCCCUCAGUCCGCCCGUCAGGGAGUUUGUGGAAGCCAACGUGACGCUUUGCCAGCCAGAUGCCCUCCACAUCUGCGAUGGCUCCGACGAGGAGAACCGGGCCAUCCUGGCCCAGCUGGAGGAGCAAGGCCUGAUCAAGAAGUUGCCCAAGUACCACAACUGCUGGCUGGCCAGGACGGACCCUCGGGACGUAGCUCGCGUGGAGAGCCGGACGGUGAUCGUGACCCGCGAGCGCCGUGAAACGGUGCCUACGCCUCUGGAGGGUGGCAUCAGCCAACUGGGCCGCUGGAUGUCACCCGAGGAGCUCGACAAAGCUGUCUCCCAGCGUUUCCCCGGUUGCAUGAAGGGUCGCACCAUGUACGUGAUCCCUUUCAGCAUGGGACCCAUUGGAUCGGCGCUGUCCAAGAUGGGUGUGGAGUUGACUGACUCGCCCUACGUGGUGGCCAGCAUGAGGGUGAUGACCCGGAUGGGGAAGGCGGUUCUGGACGUCCUUGUGACCGGCGACUUUGUCCGAUGUCUGCACUCGGUUGGCUGCCCGCUGCCACUUCAAAGGCCUCUGGUGAACAACUGGCCUUGUAACCCCGAGCAGACGCUCAUCGCUCACAUCCCAGAACGCCGGCAGAUCAUCUCUUUCGGGAGCGGAUACGGGGGCAACUCUCUGCUUGGCAAGAAGUGCUUCGCCCUUCGCAUCGCCUCACGCCUCGCCAAGGAGGAAGGCUGGCUGGCAGAACACAUGCUGAUCCUGGGCAUCACCAACCCCGCAGGCCAGAAGAAGUACAUUGCAGCGGCAUUCCCCAGUGCCUGCGGGAAGACCAACUUGGCCAUGCUGAGCCCCACGCUGCCCGGCUGGAAGGUGGAGUGCGUGGGAGACGACAUUGCCUGGAUGAAGUUUGACCACCAAGGUCGUCUGCGAGCCAUCAACCCAGAGAACGGCUUCUUUGGAGUAGCACCGGGCACCUCCGCCAAGACCAACCCCAAUGCCAUGGCCACCAUUGCCAAGAACACCAUUUUCACCAACGUGGCAGAGACCAGCGAUGGAGGAGUGCACUGGGAAGGCAUGGAUGAGUCUCUGCCCCAGGACGUCACCGUUACUUCCUGGAAGAACGAACCUUGGAGCCCGCAAGAUGGAGAACCUUGCGCCCAUCCCAACUCCCGCUUUUGCACUCCGGCUGAUCAGUGUCCAAUCAUCGACCCACUGUGGGAAUCGCCCGAAGGUGUCCCGAUUGAGGCCAUUAUCUUCGGGGGACGCCGGCCUGAAGGUGUGCCACUGGUCUACGAAGCAUUCAACUGGCAACACGGUGUCUUUGUCGGUGCCGCCAUGCGUUCAGAGGCCACUGCCGCAGCAGAACACAAAGGCAAGGAGAUCAUGCACGACCCGUUCGCCAUGCGCCCCUUCUUCGGCUACAACUUUGGUCACUACCUCUCGCAUUGGCUGAGCAUGGCGGAGCGUCCCAAUGUCAAACUGCCCAAGAUUUUCCACGUCAACUGGUUCCGCAAAAGUCCCACCGCUGGUUUUCUCUGGCCCGGAUUUGGCGAAAACAUCCGUGUCUUGGACUGGGUGUUCCGCCGGCUAAAUGGCGAGGCUGGAGCUAGGCUCUCCGCCGUGGGCUAUCUACCGUCCCAUGAUUCCCUAGACCUGGAUGGCCUGAGGGUCCCGGUGGACCUGGACCAGCUCUUUGCUCUGGACCGGGCUUUCUGGCAGAACGAGGCAGAAGAGGUUGCAAAAUACUUUGCCACGCAGGUGAACGAGGACCUGCCUGACGAGGUAGCGAGACAGCUGGAACUCCUUCGGCAGAGAGUGGACGAAAUAUGAAAAGCAAUAAUUGUAGUUAAAGAAAAUUCUUGAAGUUGGGAAUCUUCACUUAGCAUUCUUGGCUAACUCAGAUUGAUUCAAAUUGAUUUGUUUCACUGUGAAUCUUGCUUCAUAGGAAGGUAGUAAUAUAGGUGGCACUCAUGAUAGGUUGCAAUCUGUAGUAUAGAGUUCUAAACAACAGAUUAUAUUUUUUAGGAAAAAAGGUUUUAGAACUGUAACAGAAGUUCUGUAAUCUCACUCAAUGGUUAGCAUUCAGCGCUAACAGCUAAACACUCAAUCAUCAAAGUGUUUGUGCUGCCUACAUUGAUUUGAUGCUAAGCUAUCUUUGAAAAGCAUUCAAGGAACACCUCUCGUUUUACGAAUGACUUAAUUUAUUUUUGUAUUUAUCUAUCCAUUUUACUGAUAUUUGGUGUAAAUCUGAUUUGAAAACAUGUAUCUGUGCUACUGCAAUAAACAUUGAGGAA